UUCAAUUUGCGCUUGGUCUUCGUCAUUUCAGGAAAGCAUAUUUACACCAAAGUGAACGUUGUUCUUCUGGGAUUGGCCGGGACUGGAAAGAGUGCAAGUGGAAACACCAUCCUUCGAAAGAAGCACUUUGUUUCUAAACCCAGUUCAAAUCCAGUCACCACAGAGUGUCAGGUGGAAGAAACUAAGAUAAAUGACUUACAUGUGCGUGUGAUUGAUACGCCAGACAUGUUUGAUGAUGACACUGAACCAUCAGUUCGGGACAAACAUGUAAAAAGGUGCAAAGAGCUUUGUGAGUCAGAACUCUGUGUGUUUGUACUUGUGAUGCAUGUGAGCAGAUUUACAGAUGGUGAGAGAGACAUACUGAAAAAGCUAGAAAACACUUUUGGGACCAAAGUGAAAGAACAAACUGUCAUCCUGUUCACCCGAGGAGACGACCUGGAAGAGGCAGACAUGACCCUGGAGGAUUUUCUUCGUUCCUGUCAACCUGGUCUGAAGGAAAUCAUUGAAAAGUGCAACAACAGGUGUGUUGUUUUUGAGAACCGCAGCUCAAGUUCAGACCAGGUGGAAAAGCUAAUGAACACAGUGAGCGUGGUGUUAAAGAAAACAGCAAAGAUAGAUUAAAAAAGGUCUUAGUUGCCACUUUUAUGUGUAUAAAUAUAAAAAGCAAAGCUUUGAUAAUUAUAAUGAAAGUAUUCAAAAUCAUAUACAAAUUGCAUUUUUGCCAAGAUUUUUAAUUUUCAAAUUUUUGAUAAAAAAAAGUGCUAGAAGUCUGUGAAGGUUCUCAGUCAUCCAGGUCAUCGUAGUAUAAGGAGCUUGGAAAGAAAAGCGUCUGGACUUCUUUAAGUCGCUUUGAAGAUGUUUCACCUCUCAUCCAAGAAGCUUCUUCAGUUCUAAGAGUCAAAGGGUGGAGAGUCCAAGAUUUUAAACCCAGUGGGACCCCCCUGAUGAUCCUCUACCUAAUCACAUGAGCCAAGGUGUGAAAAAAGUGCUAGAAUCUUUGUAAAUUGUAUCCACAAAACACAUUUGUUAUCUUUAUCAUGGAAGUUGUGUUUUUGGUAUUGUUUGCCUGUGUCAUUCAAACAUUUUUUUAAGAUAUUCUGACAAACCUUUGUAAGGGUGUAGAGUGGUGUCAUGUUAUCAAUCCAUUAAAAUUUUCUUUAAACCAACCAUGGUCUUUAAAAUUGACUCAAUGAUUUAUUGGUGGAAAAUGUAACAAAAGCCUUAUAAUUCAGAAAAAAAGAUUCUUACAUGUGUGGCACAUAUUGUGGUGUGUAUAUAUAUCAACAUCAGGCACCCUGUUGAGAAGCGAACUACUGAAACAAGAAGGCAUCAGUGGGCAAGAGAACCACAAUGGGGUUGCAAUGGUCAGUGGCGGUCCUAGCCUGUUUAUCUGCUUAACUGUAUCUUGUACCCCUAAUCCUAAAGUGUAUAUUUAUUGUCUUACUCUUCUUAUAUUUAAUGUUUGUUUACUUGCACUGCUGUAACAGGAGCCUCGUCAUCUCGUGUUUCUAUAUACUGUACCUAUAUAGCGGAGAUGACAAUAAAGUUUACUUUGACUUCAACAGUGAGCAGGCGUACCUAGGGCUCCCGCGCUCACUUUUCGCUUACAGAAUGUCAAAAAAACAUCGGUGCAAAUUAUAAGUCUGUAUCAUGAUGUCUGGUGUUUUCGCCCUCCGCAAACGGAGGGCACCUUUACUCCCAGCAAAUGGGCGAUAGAAAACCGAUCGGUGCCUACGACAUUCCCGAUAAGUGCAGGUAUGAUGUCGGGGCAGCAUGAG